CGGCGCGAACCGCACGAAGCUCGCCAUGUCGUCGUCACCUUCUCCGCCGAGGCUGCUCCCGUGGGGGCGGCUCGUACUGCUCUCAAGGGGCCACAGGUCGUCGCUGCCGGACCACUUCGACCUGUCCCGCUCCAGGCACUGCGUCGGCCGCGUGGCCAACCGAUGCGAUCUCCACAUCCCCAAGGACUUUAUCAGCGGCCUGCACUGCAUCAUCAAAGUGAAGGGCAAGGAUAGCCGUGGGGAGCCCAUCGUUGAGAUCGAGGACCAGAGUAGUCGCUAUGGUACUUGGGUGGACCGCGUAAAGAUUGGGUACAGAAGGACGGGGACGCUGAAGAAGGGCGGGGUGAUUCACCUCACAGCCCCCAACGCUAAAGAAGUCAAGGAGAUCGCGUACAGACUCGAGAUACUGCCUAGCGGGUUGACCCAGCAGAAUGAAGAGCUCCACGCGCGGAUGAGUGCCGACGAGAUGUCCGUGGCGGAUCGUACGCGCAAGCGCACUCACGAGGAGACGCAGUGUACGCAGAGCCCUACCAAAGUGGUACUUUCACCGCCUCGCCCUCGACCCGUGAAGAAGGUCCGGCGGGUGACAAAUAGCCAGCAGUCGAAUGACGACGAUGCUAGCCAGCCAAUGAGUGAGCCAGGAAGCACCCCCGCCACCCAGUCUGCCCCAAACAGCGGCUCGCAAGUACCAUCUUCUGCUGCUGGUAAGAGACGUCGUCGCCCUGAUGUGCCAGCGCCUGACAGCAAGCUUGCAGAGCUCAAAAGGAAGUACGGCACGAUCAUGCUGGAUAAAGAGCUCGAGCUGCAGAACAAGGCGGAAAAGCUGGAAAAGGCGGAGCAGGAACUGGAAUCUCUUCGCAAAGAGAACGAGGCGAUGAAAAAGAAGCACGAAGAGGAGCUGGCGAAAAUUAAGGCUGAAGCUGCAGCUGAGAUCAAGAAGGCCAAAGCUGAAGCUGCCAAACAGGACGAGAUCUCGAAGAAGGAGCUGUCGGAAUUACGACAGGAGCGUGACCAGCUCAAACGAGUCAUUCACCAGGUACUAGCGGACCCGAAGGCUCCUCACCAAGUGCGCUCCGUUGUGGAGCUGGAGACAAAGCUCUCUGUACUGAAGCGUAAACUCCAGAGCACUCAAGACGAUUUAGCUUAUGGGUCUCGCGAAGGUCGACCUCUGACGACCCCACCCUCGAAGAAGAACCUAGUGGAGACAGAGAGGCAGCAGCAGUUGACGGCUGAGCUGGUGGCAUUGCAGCGAAAGAGAGCCGAGGCGCAGCAGAAUUACUCCAAGGUCGUGAGCGAGCUGACUGAGCAGGAAAGCCAAGUGACUGUGCAAAUUCGUGCAGCCGCGGACCACGCGUUGAACCUCUCAGGGUCAAGCCAAUCUCAGGACUCGGUAGACUCAGGACGAAUCCGCAGCCGCCGGGACUCGCAGGCGUCCAACGAACAGUCCGAGCCCUCGCCAGGCGAUCAGUCGCAAACCGUGGACGAGGAGACCAAGAGUGGUGACACCCCGCAAGGCUUACCGCCGUUGUUCAACCACUACGGAGCUCGCUCCGCGCAGGCUGGCGGGAGCAGGCCAACUACGCUGUCCCAGUCGCAGUUUUACCGGUCGGUUUCAGGAGACCAAGAGCGCAAGACGGAGCAGGACGACGCGAGUGACGAAACGAAAGGGAACUAA